CUGCCGUUGUCACCGAAGUCCCCAUCGAGUCUCCGCACCGACCGUCGUCUCUCCGCCGUCUCACCGCCUUCAAACUACAGAAAUGGCCGAUCUGAGAGAACACGAAGAGGAAAUGAUGAACCUGAUCUGCGGUCCCACUGAAGAAGUUUAUCACGAUGAUCGCGAAGGCGAUGAGAACCCUGAUGGAAUCGAUGACUGCUCUCAGUAUUUGGUCGACCCGAAUGAGCAAGACAAUGCUGGCCAGCAGCCCUCUGGCUCGACGACAACCACAGGGACCAGCCGGAGAGUACGAGGCCCAAAGAAGCCUAUGGAGGCCCGGUUAGUAAUCUCAGAAUUCGAGGAAGCAACAGGCAAGCCACUUGGACCCCAUUCAAGGGCCUUCGUGAACCACUUAGGGUACCUUGUCCGGGAUAGGAUCCCAAUCAGUGUCCGUGAAUGGAAGGAGAACAAGAAACACCCAGAAAUCAAUUAUGUCUCUAUACGUGACAAGGAGCUACUCUGGGGUGAUGUCUUGCAACAUUUCACACUGGAGACAAACGAUGAACAGUUGAAGGAAAGAGUCCGAGAUUGGUCUAUGAAGAAGAUGGCACCAAUGUUCCAGGGCUAUAAGAAGCGUCUAUAUCAAGACUACAUCAAGAAAAACAUGACUCCAGAUUUCAACUCUCCGAACUAUGCGAAGCUACGGCCGUUUUGGACCGACUUUGUACGGUUCAAGAUGUCCGAAGAGGCUCAGGAACGGGUGAGAAAGAACCAAAAGAAUGUCCGGCGCAAGACCUACCACCACACGAUGGGAUCAAGUGGCUACCAAACCACCGUUCCUAAGUGGGAAAAGGCCGAAAAAGAGUUAAUCGACAGGGGGUUGGUGCCCGAAUCCCUCGAGUGGCCUGAGCGCGCGAAGCACUGGUUUUUUGCUCACGGAGGCUCACUGGACCUUGAGACCGGAAAGGUCGUGUAUGGGGAACGCAUCCAAGAUGUUGCGGAAAGAUUCCAUCAAGCCCGCUCCAUCACUGAAAGUGGAGAAUGGCAGCCGAAUAGAGAUAAAGAUGAGUUGACAUUCGCCCUGGGGAACCCUGAGCACGGUGGACGGACGAGAGGCUAUGACACCGUGUCGUGGGAACAUGCCUUCCCUGCUGAUAGGGAAACUUAUAGAAGCCGCCAGAGAAAGAAGGAAGAGGACAGGGAAAAGAUACGCAGAUUGGAGGAAGGACUCAUAAAGACCCAAGAAGUGGCUCAACGAGCCCUUGAGCGGGAGCAAGCGCUGAAGGCCACAAUGGAUGAGAAAAUCCAAAAGGCCGUGGAGGAAGCUGUAACUUCCCGCCUCCAAAGCUUGUCACAGCCACCGGCCACCAACAUCAGCCCUUGCUCAGCUCAUCUAAAGAGCAGUUGUGCUUCUACGGAGGCGUCUGAGAGGCAAGUUGAUGACGUAGAGCUGCGAUUCCCGGUGGAUGACGUCACCGCUCCGUUGACGUCUUGUGAGCUCCAUAUUCCGGAGGGCGAUGUCAUAGUGAAGGUGGCUACCGGUGUCAUAUCUCCUAUCGACCCCACCAAGACACCAAGGAUCCACUCUGUUCCAAUACCAGCCGGAUAUGCUUGUGUCUCGGUGGAUAGAGUGGUCAGAGGCCGUGAAAAUGUGCCUCUCAAUAUCGAAGGCGGUGAUGGAGAGAAGACACUUGGUGAAGCGGAGAAGACAUUCAUAUGUUGGAGGAAACGGUACAUCAUUAUUCCUGGGGUGCCACCGCCACAACCGAACCCUAGCAGGUGCAGAUUAUUGUGGACGCUACUGCUUUUUCUAUAAUUAUAUACUGUAUCAAAUUACAUUUAGUCAUGUAUACAUAUACCUUAUUUGUUUUUCUUCAAAUCUAGGGCCUCCCCCACCGAAGUCCGUCUGUCCAUUCACCGCAUGACCAUAGUGCCGUGGGACACGACGACGACGACGACGUACAAGAGAAGGCCGCAUCCCCACCACCGGCCGCCACAUCUCCUCCACGAACGAAUCCAACGCCGCCCGCGGUCGAAUCUCCUCCACAACAGCAAACUCCACCUGCGCCGCUGCCUCCGCCAAUGCUGACGACAACGGCCGCCUCCUCAUUGGCACCGGCUGGUGCUGCAUCGAGGAGGAAGAGGUCGUCCGCCGAGACACAGAGAUCACUCCAACCACCUGCGACAAAGAGGAAAGCUUUGAACACGAAGAUCCCGAAGACGACCAAGCUUCCAUAUGAGAAGACCGAUGAGGAAGUGCUUGCUGCAAGCAAAGCGGAAGUCAAAGCAUUCUUUGAAAAAUGCAAAGCUAAUAGAAAACCAGAGCAAGAGCCGCCAUACCUAAUGUAUCCUCGUUCAAAGCUACGUCAAGUGGUGCAGAAAAUGACAGACGCGAACCGUGCUGCGAGUAAACAACCAGGGUCAACAAUAUCAGACUACGACCGUACUGUCCUAAAGAAAAUCAAGGCAGACAAAAGAAAAGUCCAGCAAAAAGUUGCACAGCUCGGCGAACAAGCGCAACAAUCAGUUCAGCCUUGAUUUAGAUGAACUCGGGAAUGGGUACGGUUCAAAUGAGUACGGUUCAAAUGCCAACUUGCUGGCAAUGACUAUACCUGCUAAUGUGGACUUAGAUGAACUCGGGAAUUGGAUGGAAGAAACUGGGCUGCCCCUAGAAGCACUUAUAGGGCGUACCGAUGCGCCAAUCCACGGAGGUGUCGAUGACUAUCAGAGUCGGUACAUUUACGGCAGGAGUAUGUGUCACCCUGAGAAGGUACGAGGACUUGGUACGCAAAUAUACAAGCUGCACGAGUACUACUUGAGAGUCAGCUCAAAACAUAUAGAAGAAGAAUUGAUUGCCGUUCGAGUCCGCGACCAACACUACUUCCGUGGAGAUGACGUCAUAUGGAUAGAUUUUAGUGAAGUACACCAACUUCUCCAUAUGAAU